CCACACACGUACGAGAACCCAAAGGAAGAAUGACACCAAUGACUAGUGCACAAGUAAUUGCGAUUUUCGUUCUGCUGACCACCGUCGGGCUGGCAGCGGCCAACAAAGACUGGGGAUACGGCGGCGGAAACAACGGUGGCUGGGGUGGCAAUGGCGGGUUCCCAAGGCACCGCCCGGUGGAGGAUCAUUACAGCCCCCGCCGGAAGGUGGUGGUGGGCGGGAAUCAGACGCAUUGGCAAUUCGGCUUUGACUACACCAACUGGGCCAUGCGCAACGGUCCCUUCUUCGUCAACGACACUUUAGUGUUUAAGUAUGAGAUGCCGGCGGACAACAGUUCGCGGCCGCACAGCGUGUACCAGCUGCCGGACCUCCGGAGCUUCCUGAGGUGUGACGUCAGCAAGGGGAAACUGCUGGCCAACUGGACAGAUGGCGGCGGCGAAGGGUUCGAGUUCGUGAUGGACAAGUGGCAGCCUUAUUUCUUCGCCUGCGGUGAGGCUAAUGGAAUCCACUGCAAUAUUGGGAAGAUGAAGUUCUUCGUCAUUCCAUUCCUCCGCCGUUGGAACUUCUGAUCGACUAUCUCCAUCCUCGCUGGCGAGAGUGGUGCCUAUGAAUUUUGGACUUGGUCUUUGAAUUUUUUUUAGCUCUAUCAUAUAUAUGCAUGGCUUUAUUUUGAGUUUUCGCCUCUAUGAUUUGGAAAUUGGAAUAAAACAAUCUUUGGAGC